CUGCCCCUGGGCGGAGGGCGGCGGAUCGGGAAGGCGGCGCUCCCCCCGCCCGCCCCGCCCGGCCGCGGCCCGUAGCACAGCAUGGUGGUGCCGCCGCUGCUGCGCGCCGUCAUCAUGGGGCCGCCGGGCUCCGGGAAAGGCACCGUCUCCGCUCGGAUCAUCAAACACUUCGGGAUGAAGCACCUCUCCAGCGGCGACCUGCUGAGAGACAACAUGCAGAAGAAGACAGAAGUUGGAAUCCUUGCCAAGUCCUACAUUGAUCAAGGGCAGCUUAUUCCAGACGACAUCAUGACACGACUAAUGCUGAAUGAACUAAAAGGUCUAGAUCAGUACAACUGGCUGUUGGAUGGUUUCCCCAGAACGGUUGCUCAGGCAGAAGCCCUGGAUAAAGAAUGUCAAAUAGACACUGUGAUUGACCUAGAUGUGCCAUUUGAGACCAUAAAAUGUCGGCUCACAGCACGUUGGAUCCACCCUGCCAGUGGCAGAGUAUACAAUCUUGAAUUCAGUCCUCCCAAAGUGCAGGGCAUUGAUGAUAUUACCGGAGAGCCACUUGUUCAGCGUGAUGAUGAUAAACCAGAGACGGUUACCAAGAGGCUGCAGGCUUAUGAUGCGCAAACAAAACCUGUUCUAGAAUAUUAUCGGGAAAAAGGGUUAUUGAAAUCCUUCUCUGGAACAGAAACCAAUAAGAUCUGGCCACAUAUCUAUGCUUUCCUCCAAACAAAGUUGCCAGAUGUGAGCCAGCAAGAUGCUGCCACACCCAGGUGAAAACAGGUCUAACCUCUGCUCAUCUGUCAUAGCUCACACUUGAUUACAUAAGAAGCAGCAAUCAAGGAUUUCUCUAAGUAGUCUACCAGACUGAUAAAUAACUAAAAUCUAAUGUUGUCCUUAACUUAUACUAUGAUAAAACUUUGUUGCCUGUGGUUCUCACUUUAAUGCUGUAUUUUUUAUGUAUUAAAUAUACCUAGUUUUUAUAAUAUAGUAACUGAUUUAUCAAAAGCAGCUACUCUUCUGUCUUUUGUUCAGAAAAUACUUGUUUGCAAAUACUUUCUGGUGAAGGAAACGCAUUUCAGAAUACAGCUUAAUUAGAAAGCAUGUUCAUUGAUUUACUCACUUAUGAAAUGUAGUGCAAAGCAAUGAUAAGGAUAUGAAAGCAUGUUUCUUGCAUGUGCGAUUGGUUGGGGCCAGCCAGAAGCUGUGCAGAACCAUUACUGCCAUCCUGCAAAAAGUCAUUUCAGACCAGAACUGAUAUAUAGGUAUAUAGAUAGAUACAUAUAUAUAUGUCAUGGAAGACAGUCACCUUCUUUUAGCUUUGCUUGCACAGAUAUUCGUUGAUUUUGCUGGGUUUAAAUUACCCUUAACACUUGCUUGGAUGAUUUGCUUUAUUACUAUGUUUAUAUUUCUGCUCUCAGAGCAGCUAUCUUGUAGGCACAAGAAAUGGGAGUUUCAAUUACGUGUAACAUGUUUGCUAAAGCCUCUGUCUUUGUGCAGCUGUUUAAGACUAUUAGUAAAAAGACAGCAGAUACUGAAUAGAUUAAGUGUAAUCUGGUAAGCUUGUAGCUAGAUGAUCUUGACUAGUGAAAACUGUCUUCAAAAAACCAACUGAUUGUUGAUGCAUGUGCCAAGAUUUCCAGUGGUCAAAUUAUUAACUUCAUCUUACUACUGUACCAAGUUUUAUUGUGUGAGUUUGACUGGUUUUCAUGAGUUCAUACUAAUUCAUGUCUCUGA